AAAUCAGUUUUUUAAAGGUGGUCUAGAAGUAGGGUGAUUUUUCUAAUGUGCUCUGUUCACAGUCAACACUCCAGGAUAGUUUAACUUAGCAUUUUGUUCGGCAUGGUGUCAUUCACGCAAGUGAUAAAACUACCUGACCAGAGCCGCUACAUUUUGCAAAGGCAGGAUCAAAAUUUUCUGUUAUUUCAUCAUUCCUGUACGAAAAAAGAAAACGACUGCGACAUCGAAUACUGGAAGUGCGCUGUUCGUUUCUGUAGUGUUAGAAUCUGCAGUCGUGGUACUUCUUUCCAGUUGCUAUCGGAACUUGAAAAUCACCAUCACAAUUCGAACAGCGUCUCGUCUACUACCAUAGCAUUCCUCCUUGAAAGUCAGUCCUUUGUCGAAAAAACCCUCUACCCAAGUAAAAUGCGAUCACGUCCGAUUUCCACGCCUAUUCGCGACACAUCAUUAUCGCUUCCAAUAGAGGUUGAAAGUACGAAUCAUAACGGAUCCGUUCUCAAACAGUUGCUACUAACAAGCAAUGAAGACGUCAUCAGAUCAUCCAAAAAAACUGUAUCGAAGCAAAGUUCAAUAAUGAGCCGAACACCCUCAUCGGUACAACAAUCAUCACCCGUUCAGCUAACGAACAAACGCAAACAAACAACAGAACCUCGUCGGCUUGCCGAAUCCAACGUCCACGUUGCACGCCCGACAACCCCGAAGUGCGUGCGAGAUUCAGAUUACUGGAGCCCUCCUGUCCUCACACCUCCACCUGAUGGAAGAGCCUAUUCACCUCCGUCAACUCCAGUGGCACACAUUGAACCUUAUGUUGAGCCUCAAGUGAUGUACAAUCCUUACUUCUUAUGGCAACUUUAUUCCUAUAAGCAAUCUUGCAGUAACAGUUUCAAAUCAUUCUCUCACAAUUAUUGAUUCAGGAUAGUUGUUGUCAUGGCUAACGAUUUAUUUGUUAACAGGCGUGUUUAAAGAACAAGUAACUUAUUGCUGGUAAAUUAUGUUGCUGUAAUAAUAUUUGAUUGAAUUUACAAUUUAACCAUACACACAUAGAUUUAGCCGUCA